AUGAUACAGUUCUUCCCGAUUUCACCUCGGUGGCCUCCUGGAGGGGGUGGCCGAGGUAUAUCUGGGGGUGAGUAUAAGCGCGUGAGUAUCGCUCUCGCGCUGGCCGCUGCACCAAAGGCCUUGGUUCUGGACGAGCCAACCUCCGGUCUGGAUGCGACGGCCGCACAUUCCCUGAUGAAGCUUCUGCACUCAAUCUCUCGUCAGGGGAUUAUGGUGAUUUGCGUGAUUCACCAGCCACGGGUGGAGAUAUUUCAUCUACUGGAUGAUCUUCUCGUUCUGAAUGCCGGGGCGCAGGUGUAUCUUGGAAAAGCAGCCAAGGCACAGUCUUUCUUCGAGAAGUUAGGCCACAAUUUUCCCGUCGCAUCAAACCCAGCGGAUGUGAUCCUUGAUGUCUUAAUGAAUCAUACCCUUACUCAGGGUGGGAACGAAAUCUCUCUGCGGGUUUCAUCAGAGAACAAGUCCUCCCCUGGAACCGAACUAGCAGAAGGCCUGAGCGCGCUCUUUAAGAUUGUCAAGCAAAGGCGGGCGUCAUGGAUUCGUCAACUUUGGCUCGCCUUUUGCCGGAGUAUAGCCCAACAGACCCGACAGACCACAGGCCUUGCUUUGGAGAUCGUAUCCAGUGCAGUGAUUGGGCUCAUGAUCGGAUUAUCCGCUUUUGAAGCCAGAGGCCACUUCUUCCAAGGAAUCUAUCACCAUCCCUUUGACCUUCUCUCCAGUGCGGUUGAUUAUCGUCUAACAGCCGAGCAGGCUCUCUUAUGUUGUCUCGCGAUAGCUUGUGCGGCUGGACCUCCGGGAGUUAAGAUAUUUGGAGAGGAGAAGUUGACGUUUUAUCGAGAAUCUCAGUCGGGCCAUUCUCGCAGCGCUUAUUUUCUAGGGAAGAACCUGGCGGUUCUUUUCCGAAUGUUGGUGUCGUCCUUGCAUUUUACCGCAUUUUACCUCGUUCUGGCUGCUCCUAUGAUCCCGUUUCAUACGCAGCUUGGUCUUGGCUUCUUAUACUUUUAUUGUAUCUACGGGCUCGGAUUCGUUGUGUCGGCCGUCACACGGCGAGAAGAUGGACCACUGCUGUGCAUGUUAAUGAGUCUCAUUAUCUCAGCACUGAGUGGGUGUGCUCCUCGGCUUUCAACUGUGCGGAAGUGGCAUCUGGAAUGGUUUUGGUAUUCGUGGCCAGCUACUUGGUUCUCAGAGGCAUUCUACCAGGAGAACACAGCCCCCCUGGCAUACCUUUAUAACAUUGAGGACGCUGCCACAUUCACUGGUUAUAGGACAGGUAGAACGGAGAUGGACAUAGGAUUUCUCGUCUUGAUUGGGACCCUAUAUCGAAUAUUAUCUUAUUUCCUUUUCGUUUUCUGGGGGUGGAAGCCACAACGGUGA